UACCAGACAGCUUGAGGGCCAGCUCAAUCACAGGUUGUGUCUGGCAGAGCGCGUGGUGCCACUGAUUGCACGUAGCCAAGGUUGCACAUUGCGGGCGCGUGGUCGCGUGCGCGCUCACCCCGGCUAUUGUGUUUUUAUCAACAAGGAGACCACCGUGGCCUCACGGGUAACCGAGCCAGCCAGCUGAGCGACGAGGGACCGUUAAACCAUGGCUGACGAACAAGAAAUAAUGUGCAAAUUAGAGAAUAUCUUGGAAAUACGGAACAAGACUAUCCAGAUGCAAAAAAUCAAGUCUCGUCUGAAGAUUGAGUUUGAGGCGCUGGAGUCUGAGGAGAAGCAUCUCAAAGAGUACAAACAGGAGAUGGAUCUCCUUCUACAAGAGAAAAUGGCACAUGUGGAAGAGCUGCGGCUCAUCCAUGCAGAUAUCAAUGUGAUGGAGAGCACCAUCAAGCAGUCGGAGAAUGACCUGAAUAAACUGCUAGAAACCACUCGCCGCCUGCAUGAUGAGUACAAACCUCUGAAGGAGCACGUUGAUGCCCUCAGGAUGACUUUAGGUCUACACAGACUCCCUAACCUCAAUGAAGAAGAGGAGAAGCUCUCCCUGGAUUACUUUGAGAAGCAGAAAGCGGAGUGGCAGAAGGAGCCACAUGAGCCUGCCAUCCCAGAAUCCCUUGCUGCCGCUGCAGCAGCAGCACAGCAGCUCCAGGUGUCCAGGAAGCAAGAUGCCCGCCAAACAGCCACCUUCAGACAGCAACCCCCACCUAUGAAGGCUUGCCUGUCCUGUCAUCAGCAGAUUCAUCGUAAUGCUCCCAUCUGCCCAUUGUGCAAAGCCAAGAGCCGCUCCCGUAACCCAAAGAAGCCCAAGAGGAAGCCAGAUGAGUAGAUCCUACUCCACCUUCAGCUUCAGUAAGGUUUAAAGGGAAGCAGUCCGAUACAUUGAUCGAAGAUCAGCCAUGUGUGUAACAAUGUAUGGCUGAAAUAACAGAUCUGUGCUUCAGGAACGAUUUCCACAUUCAGUCCCCACUUUAACAGUAACUUGUUCUUUGUAACUUGUUCAUAAUCUGUCAACAAUUGAUCGAGGAUCUGAACGUAAUUUUUGGUUUGUUUUUAUUAGUGCUUUGGAUGUGUUUAUAUGUAACUGUAUGACUUCCAUAGUAGGCGAAAAUGUCCAAAAAAAACUUCACCCAUGUCGCUAUUAUUUUGCCUUAGAUAUUGUACUGUACUUCCUAAGUUUUAAUGCAUGCACGCUUCCAUGUUUGUUGUGUAUUAUUUGUGCCAAUAUAAAAUCUAAUAGGUUUAAUUAAAGUAAAAUAAAACACAAUGUUGUUAUGUUUACAGUGUUCAAGUGACCACAAACUGGACAAAAAGGCCAGACUCAUUUGCUCUGAAUAGUGUUGUGUGUUUAACUUUAAUACAGUGUUAUGAAAAUAAAUGGCUGUUUUGUA